AGGAACCGCAGGAGGGAUAACACACAUCCCGGGUACGGACAUGAUCUGCACCUGCUAGCCGAUCACACAGCCAGCUACGCCCGGACAGAGACGCCGAUCAGGGGGCGACAUGGGAGGGACCCAGAGCGUGGAGAUCCCCGGCGGAGGGACGGAAGGCUACCACGUCCUCAGAGUACAAGAGAAUUCCCCCGGUCACCGUGCAGGACUGGAGCCCUUCUUUGAUUUCAUCAUUUCCAUUUCUGACACUAGACUGAACAAGGACAAUGACACCCUGAAAGAGAUGUUGAGGAUUAACGUGGAGCGGCCCGUCAAGAUGCUGUUAUACAGCAGCAAGACUCUGGCAGUGAGGGAGACCACUGUCAUACCUAGCAACAUGUGGGGCGGCCAGGGGCUGCUCGGGGUCAGCAUUCGCUUCUGCAGCUUUGAGGGAGUCAAUGAAAAUGUCUGGCAUGUUUUGGAAGUGGAGCCAAACUCUCCUGCAGCUGUGGCUGGUUUGAGGCCCCACAGUGACUACAUUAUAGGAGCCGACACCGUCAUGAACGAGAGUGAAGAUCUGUUCUCCGUCAUUGAAACGUUUGAAGGGAAGGAGCUGAAGCUGUACGUCUACAACACGGAUACAGACAACUGUCGCGAGUUGGUCAUCACUCCAAACUGUGACUGGGGUGGAGAGGGCAGUCUAGGAUGUGGGAUUGGCUAUGGCUACCUGCACAGGAUACCCACACUGCCGUUUUUAGAGGGCAAGAAGAUCAGUUUCCAAGCAGAGACUCCCAGUGAACCAGCUCCUCCACCUAAAGAUGGCUUCACAGAGGUCCACCUCUCUGCCGUCGUUCCAACCGUUCCAGUUGCCGUGUCUUCUUCUGCAUCAACUGGAUUAGAGCAGUCUCUGUCCAGCUUGUCAGUCAGCUCUAACCCGACCGCUGUCGUUAGCAAUUUGCACACAGGAGUUCCUACUGUCCCACUGACCAACCAAGUCCCCUCCCCACAAAGCGUUCCCCUGUCUAUCAAUCCUGCUGUCACACUACCAGGUUUAAUGCCCUUACCUGGAGGUCUUCCACCCUUUCCUAAUUUACCAAAUCUAAAUAUCAGCAUGCCAGAUGUGGGCCAAGUAUUGCCACCUGGAGUUGGUGGAUUCCAUCAUGCAGGUCUUCCACCUCUCAGCCUGCCGGGUGUGGUACCUGGUGCAACCCUGCCACCAUCGGACUGUGUCCUUCCCCCAGUUGCUGCUAAUGCAGGACAGGGCACCACAUUUCCCUACUCCACCAUCCAAAUGAACAGUACACUGACUAAAAGCACCAUCCCGUCAUCAGUGACCACCUGUGAAUCAAUAAAUAUCACAAUGACUGCAGACUCAUCUUAGCAGAGAGCACCAUUUCAGGUCAGUAUUUAUAGCCAGUCUGUUGACAAACUGCUCCCACACAGUGUUAGGAUUGUUGUACGCUUCUCAAGGAUACUGGAACUUCAUUGCUGUUCUUCUCACGCGCAGCAGGUUUUUCCUGUGAAUGUGUCCAGCAGCAGCACUCCUGCAUCUUAAGAGCAGUUUGUUGAUGGCAGGAAAAGUUACAAAAAUCAUCCAACUCCUGAGCAGAGUUCAAAUAUACACUCUGUAGCAGAAGCACAUUUAAAAUAGUUCACAACAAUUAUAGUAAUAGGUGUAUUAACACAAACUAUGCUUUUUGAACGUGGAAGUGUUAAAUAAGAGGGAAACAGGUUACUUUUAAGUUUGCAAGUCAGUAUCUUUGCCUCUUUCUUGAGUGGUCAAACUACUGUGGAGCCCCCUGAAGGGUCAUGGUGGGAACUGGACUGAACUUUUGCAUUCCUCCAACCCCAUAGGAACACUGUCCUAGUUGGUAAACUUUCUGCAGAAAGGUGAGAUGAUGUGACAGUUGUGCCUGCCUGGCUGUGGUUGAAGCUGUGGAUAUUGCUCGGACUAUGGCUGCCACUGUGGUUGAGUCUUUUUGAGUACUCCCAUAUACCAGUGUUGUAGUCAAGACAAAGUCUCGACUACAACCAGUGUAUCAAGAAAAGACCAAGACCAGACAGUGUUAUAGCCAACUUAGGUAGCUAAUAUUCAUGAAAACUCUGUAGGUGAAAGCAUAGUUGCUACAUUGAGCGACCUCAUUAAGUAUUUUAUUCCAGAAGAUUAAUAAAUUAGACAAUGCACAGGCAAUUUAAGUUAUAUCCCCGCAGUUUCAGCCUUGUCCUGAGUCUGAGACUGUGAGGAAUGAUGCCUUUAAAGAGACAGAUUUCGAGUACUACAACACUACUACAUUAGCCAAGAAAGCAUUGUUAAACCACAUGGGAUUUGAACUUGUGGCGAUUCUAUCAGACAUGACAGACGUAUUACCAACACACCAGAGGAGGAGUGCAGGGUUACAGUAGAACUGCACACACUGCUCCGUGUGAUUAGUGUUACGCCCAUUAUAAAUGAAUGUGUCUCUGCCAUGUUAUCAACCAAAGCCAAAGCUGUCAUCUGGCUUUUGUCACAAUCACAGCUAGUCCGUUUAAGUACGGCUCGGCAGAGAGAGCUGUAGGUUGAACUAGAUCUGGAAGUCUCAUUGUGAGGUAAUGCAAAAGAGUUUCAGGAAAUAAAUCCCACUGAUCUUUUAGGGACUGAACUACUGAAUGUCUACAGGGGACGAUGGGGCAUUAACUUAUUAACUACUGGGGAUUUUCCUUCUGCAGUGCAGUGGUCAUUACACAUAUAAACUGUUUUGGUUUUGUACAAUAAAUUUGUAAAGUGACAUAUUGUUACCUUAAUUAAACUGAUGUAUUUUCAGUAUCUCAGCCUCUGGUGCUCUGCUUUGUGUUUUAUGCUCACCUCUGAAGUACGCCCUGUAACAAGACAGUACCGAACCGAGCCACAGGGUGUCAGUAUGAUCUCAGACAAAUGCUGGUGGAUUGAAGAGUGUGUUGGGAUGACUUUAAGAAUGAAUAGGAUGACAUAUUUCACCAUUCACCAGCAGAGAGAGCAGAUUUCUUUCCUGUCAUUUAUUAUUCACUCUUAGAACUGUACAAUUUGUACCCGAAAUGGAACAUACAGCCCUUGAAAAAGUAAGAGCAACAAAGCAGCAAAAUGAAACACUCCAGGAGACUAGGUUUUACAUGGGGAAAUCUUAACUUUGUACACAUUACUGCUGCAGUUCAAAAUCUGAAAAUUCUUCUGUACAGCAUAUACAGUUUCCAAUUUAUCUAUUAAUUAUUAUUCCUGCAUAGGAUUUUAUACACUGUCAUUUUUCUACAUUUGGUUACUUUGUGCAUUAAACGUUAAGUACGCUGCCCCCGGCCUACGUGUCACUAGAUGCCACUUGUAUGCUACACAUUACAUUCUCAUGGCUAAGUAACUGAAAUUAAAGCCUAA